UUCAUCUCACACCAGCAAGAUACUUGGCAUGCCACUUCCUCUUCCACCAGGGACAGCAGUACAUCGGAGAUGACGAUUAAAACAGCUGCACACUACAUUGGAUAUAGGGAAAAGGCGGGGAAGAGGUGUUGACAGGAAGAUGGAUAAAAUUCUGUGGAAACCCUGAGAGGCAGCGUCAUUUCUGCCACCUGGCUUCUACACGCACAGUAGAGAGUAGUUAUGUGGAACUUAUGGCGGGAGCAUUUUGUAUGUGUGUGAGAUUGUCCUCGAGUGUGCCUGUAACUUCAUCAGGCUGGGAAUAGACCCAGAGACACUGAAACCUCCCAGUCUGUCCGGACGCUGAGACGGUGCGUGUCAGCUGCUGUGUGCCAACAACUGGAGAUAACAACACUCAAGGGCACUCUUGGUCGUAAACAACAACUGAUGACUGGUUAUGAUUGAAAAGUGACUUGAUGUUAUUUGGAAACCUCUCUCCACCCUGUUAUACACCACCAAGGAAUAUUACAACCAAGCGUGAGCGUGCAUGUACAAGUGUGUGUGUGUGUGUAUAUGUGAGUGUGUGCUGCAGAGGGGCGGUGGUUUUCCAGAUUGCUGGAUUGCCUAAUUACCCCUUUGGGUUUGGGAAUCAAGCCCGGAGUCUUAAAGCACAAAAGAAGAGAAUAAAGGAGAGCAGAUGAUUUACUCUUGGCACAUGUCACGGAGAUGAAAUGACGGAGAACGAGGUUGGAAGUUGAGACUGUCAGGGUCAGAGUCAUGAUGUGGAACUGUGCAGAAAAGCAAUCUGGGCUUUGGUCGAACUUCCCCUUGGAACUCAUUUAAUACUUGACAGAAUCUGAAAAGUUUGGUUUGGAAUCAUUGUAGCAUGUGUGCAGAUGUGAAUGUUUGGAAUCUCAUAAUCUGGACUCGGAGUAGAUAUCUUAUUUGUGCUUCAUAUUUUUCCUGUCAAUAUAAGGAUCAACAUUUGAGGAUUAUUUCUCCAGAUUAAAACUUUUAAAGAACAGUUUGACCAUCCUUCAGCGGUGGACUUGCACUCCUUGAAUAAGGAUGAGAGGCGACAGGAGAUCAGCUUCCUUUCGUAAAGAGAAACCACCGGGCCUUUCCCGGGCUCUCAGCUGGCUCAAUGUGUCUACUCUCUCCCGGCAGAGCAGACGCAUGUUCCAAAGCCAGAAUGAACUGCAUUCUGUCCACAACCGCCACACAUUUUCACACACUCACCUUCAUACUGCUGCUCGAGAUGGGGAGGAUGAUGACAACUGGGUGUACCACCCUCAGCAUAAAAUUGCGGUGUCCAAUCUAGAUGAGGAGAGUAAAUGGACAGUUCAUUACACGGCUCCAUGGCACCAGCAGGAGAAUGUGUUUCUACCAGGCAGCAGACCACCGUGUGUAGAAGAUCUUCAUCGUCAGGCCAAAGUCAACCUCAAGACCGCCCUGCGAGAAUGUGACAAGCUGAGGAAAGAUGGUUUUCGGAGCUCCCAGUACUACUCUCAGGGACCCACUUUUACUGAUCCCUUACAGUCCACCAGCAGCCUGCAGGAUUAUGAAGACGACGACAAUGACAAGAAGUCCACAGCUUCAUCAGUGGAUGAUGACAAAUCUCAGCUCUCCAUGAGGCCCCAAACCCCUCAAGGUCAAGAAGGGGAGGGGUCAGAGGUUGAUGGACUGGCAGUAUGGAACAAGGCAGCACCCCUUCCCACUCCAGAGGAGAAGAUGAGGCAGGCGGCCCAGGCUAUUCCCACAGACAUAGUCGCCAUCAAUGUAACAGGGGCAGUGUUUGACCGACAGGCGAGCAUCCGGCGCUCCCUCAUUAACACUGACACCGUGUCCCGCCGGCCCAAGAAGGUCAAACGCAGAAAGACUAUAUCAGGGCUGCCUGACAACAUCAACCAGGAGCUAGCAAAAGGACGCGGUGGAGAGCUUCGGCCACAUUCCAUGUUCAUCCCGGGACAGUAUUCCACUUUGGGCCGAGUUGGGAGUGUCAACUCAAUGCUUCGGCGUUCAGAGACUAGAGACUCAAGCUGUCAAACAGAGGAAGUGAAGGUUGUACCCCCAUCCAUGAGGAGAAUCCGGGCACAAAGAGGACAGGGAAUUGCUGCGCAGAUGGCCGGCAUUUCUGCUUCCUCCUCCACCGGCAGUAUAUCCAUCUCCAGUAGUGACAGCACUGGAAUUUUGAUGCUGCCUCAGUUUAACGGAGACCUGUCCCGUUACCACAGUCUACCCCGACAGGGUGCCAGGGUGUCCCUCAGUGCUGAUCCCAUCUAUAGUAGCACCCCCAUCAAGUCAGAGGAGCAGACUACACCACAGAGGCAGAUUGGGAAGCUCCAGGUUGAUGAUACAGCAGUGCAUAUGAGAAAUGCCCCAAGGACAGGCACCUUACCCAGGCCCAAGUCCCAGGAGGUUCGGGGAACACAGGUCAGCGAGUGGGGUGGUGGUCCAGCAUGUGUCGUUUCUCCACAUGCUGCAUAUUCCACCUCACUCAUCCCAAAUGCCACCUUACCAAGCUCAUCUGAGGUCAUUACCCUCAACACCACCACUCAGCUCUCACCUUCAGUUUACCCCAACGUUCGACCACUCAGUCUAGCCUCCUCCCACAACGCUGAAUCCCCCACCUCUAGUCCUGCAGGCUUCACCCACAGCUCCACCUGCCCAGCACUGGCCACUUCUACACCUAUCCACAAAGGACAGGAAGCCCCUGCCAGUGAGUCGGGCCACUCCGACAGCAGUGUACACAGCCACAGCACCUUGGCCCCCACACCCCCAUCCUGUCUCCCAGAGGAGCAGUGGAUAUACGACACACCUGAAAAUGUGGUGGUCCCACACCGCACUCUGACCUCCAGCUGCUCCACCCCUAUCAACCAGCUGUACAGCAGCCUGGAGCACUCCUCCAGGACCACUACUGAUUCCAGCUCACUCUAUUCCCAGGACAAUGAUGGGUACUACACCUCCAUGCACCUGGACUCGGGUCUACGCUCACGCAGCCAUGGAAGUGGGCAUGGGGCAGCGGCAGGACGAGCUACUAGACACAGCAUGUACGAAUGCCGUGAGAUGGCCAAUGAGGACGACACUGGAAGCUUGUAUAGUGACCGCUCUCUAUCCCGCAGUAUCUCCCUACGCAAAUCCAAGAAGCCUCCGCUGCCCCCAGCUCGCACAGAUUCCCUCAGACGCAAACCUGGUGGGAAAAAGCCCCUUGGAGGCGUUAGCGCCAUCAGCGGUGCUAAUGAGCCAAAUGCUGCCAUGCUCAAUGAGACACUAAUUGCUAGCUUGCAGCAGAGCUUACAGAUUGGACUGAGGGGAGGGAAAGGUAAAGGUGCUUCACCCUCUUCGCCGUCUCAUAGCCCCAGCAGUGACUACGAUGACCCUUGGGUGCUGCGACCACGGAGUCAUAGCAGCAUCAGCGCCGGUAGUUCAGCAGCGUCACUAGUAGCUAAUGCGAACUGCGGCGGCGUUUCCAAUGUAUACUCCCUAUGCCAUGUGACACCUGCCCACAGUGACACAAGCAGCUUGCGUUCUGACUAUGCAGAUUCCUGGGGCUACUACAUGGAGUAUCCCCGUCACCAUGGAGACCAGAGGGCACAGUCUCCUCAAGCCCAUGCCACAGAUAACAUGUCAGCCGGGCCUCACCCAGGGGAAAUACAGAAGGACAGUGAGAUUCACAGGAACAACCAAACGACCAGAGCUCCGUGUCAGGAGGGAGAGGUAGCAGUGAAGCCCAAAACCUCCACCUCCUCACCGGACAGAGUACACAGGCUGACGUCUCCAUCUAGUGGCUACUCCAGCCAGUCGAACACCCCAACAGCUGGAACCCCAGUGCCCUCAUUCGUCCGGUCCAUGUCUCCUUCAGGCAGCCGGCCCAAGCCCAAAGUGCCCGAGAGGAAGUCAUCCCUCCUCUCGUCCGUUUCCGUUUCCUCCUCUUCCACUUCUCUUUCCUCAAACACAUCAGACUCGCUUAAAAACUCUGGUCCUCCUCCACCGCCACCUCCACCCUUGCCACUUUCCUCCUCUUCGGCUCCCAACACUCCUCUCAGUCCACCUCCGCCUUUCCCCCCUCCUCUUCCACCAACAUCCACAGCAGGCUCUUUAACUCCUCCACCACCUCCCCCAUUACCAACCACUCCACCAGGCCCAACUCUGAGCCCCCCUCCCGCUUCCUCCACCUCUCCAGAAUUCCCUCCUCCUCCAUCGCCUGAAACACUAAUCCACCCUAGCUCAUCCUUCAAUGGGAGCUUCAGUCCUCCUCCUCCUCCACCACCCCCACCUCCUUUCCCCAACAUGAACCCCCCUCCACCUCCUCCACUGCCUUCCAUUGUGCCACCUUCCUCCUCCCCAUCUGUUGUAAAGGCACUGAAGGAUGGUCCUAAACCACCUCUGUCCAACAGCCCCAUGCAGUCACCUAAGCCCCUCAUCACCCCCUUCGCUCUGCAGAGUGUUCAGCUCCGCUCAGUCAAACGGCCAGAGAAGGAGAUUAAUGGGAUGGAUCACACCAAAGCUCAGGACACAGCGCUGGACCUCAUUCAGGGUCUUAAGCCCCAGAUCAUUGAGUCUGACCCCCAGGAGCAUCACACCGUGUUACCACUGUUAAACUGUUCUCCAGAAGAAGAGUCCCGCAAUUCCACACCGUCACCUGUGUCAAAGCUUUUACAAGAGUUAAUAGACUGCAGCAUCUCCACUGACACUCCAGAUAGUUGUGUCUUGAAUGGAAAUAUUGAGGACCAGACAUACAUCCUCCUAAAUGGAAAAGAUAAAUAUGAAGGACGGGAAGCAUUGCCGAGUCCUCCACAGAGUUCCCAAAGCUCUCCAGCCAAACAGAAACCCCCAGCAGUCUCCAAGAAACCCAAACUUAACUUUGUCCCACCAUUUAACCCCCAACCAAUCAAAGAACAGGGUCUUUGUCAGCCUGAGGAAACGAACAGCUUGUUGUAUGUAGAAGACCAGGUAGACGCGCCGCAAAUACAUGUAAAGGAAGAAGAAAAUGAGCAACUAGAGGAGGAGGAGGAGGAAACCUCUGAGAGCUCUGAGUCUGUAGAGGAGAGAAGUGAAACUCCCACAGAAACACAGGAAAAGUCCCAUAUCUCAGCUUCCACCAGCCCAGACACGAGUGUGUGUACAAACGGAGGGACUUAUGAAGAAGAGGAGGAGGAAGGAGAUGGAACAAGCAGCACGACCGGAUCCAUCAGCUCCAAGGAGGAAGACACAGGUGACGUGUUCGAUUCCAGUACGGCUGAGUCGUCUCCAGCCCCGUCCGCCAACGGGGCCCCCGAGGAGAGCAUGGUAACCCCGACUCCCUCCCGACCCCGAACCACAGACGACCUGUUCGCGGCCAUUCACAGUGGGGGCAUGCAGUGGGAGGGUGCACCCUUUCUAGAGAGGUCCAAGCGUAAAGUCCUGGGUCGCAAGGAGUCUGAGGAGGACAAGUCCCGGAGCGGGAGCCACUCGCACUCUCCCCCCGUCACCCCCACUGGCGCGUCUCCGGGCAUGGUGUCGUCUUUGCCUCGUCAGAGCAGCGCCAUCCAGCGCAGCCUCCGGAAGUCGUCCACCAGCAGCGACACGUUCAAGGCCCUGCUCCUGAAGAAGGGCAGCCGCUCCGAGACCAGCUUCAGGAUGUCUGCCACCGAGAUGCUCCGCUCCACCGACCCACGCUUCCAGAGGACGCGCUCCGAGUCGGCAUUAGACCCCCCCGCCGCUUCGCCCUCUUCACCCACAGCGCCACAGAGCCCCUGCGCCUCCCCCGGCCGCGGGAAGAGGUCGUCAGAUGACUGGAACCGGUGCGAGGCUUUGGCCCUCUCUUCGCCGACUUCGUCUUUUUCAAUGAGCGGGAUGAAAUACGGCCGCUCGCGCACGCCGCCCUCUGCCGCCAGCAGUAAGUACAACGCACGCAGCAGGAUCCUGAGCAGCCCAAUGACAGUUAUCUGUGAGCGCGAGGGCGAGCUGGCCGAGAGCGAGUACGGGGACACGGCAGAGAGCAUCUCCGUGGUCCAGACUCUUCCAGCGCUCCGGGACUCAAAUGGCACUUUAUCUGACGAAGGCAGAAGUUAAAGCGUGAGGACUGCCCUGUGGAUACGGGGACAUGAACUUCAGCGUUGUAACCAGGGGGCUGACGGCGCCCUCUACAGAUGGACACCUUCCUGAGAUGUACCCCCCCUCUGUGCUGCCGCCGCCGCCUCACAGGGUACAGACACACCAGGUCCCGAUGCGAGGUCAAAGGUCAAAGGUCGCACUAUUACGGACUCAACUGAACUUUGAAGUGGAGAACUGGCUCUUCUGCAGCUUUCCCAUCUCUUCUGUGUUUGUUCUUCGACUCACCCUUCGUAUUGUUUCUUUAAACCUGGUUUGUUUUUCAUCCGUUUUCUCCGUUCUGUUCCGGCUCUCUUAACACAGGAACCCUUCGUUUCUUUAGAAAGACAAAGGAUGACGACAAAGCGAAAGAACUGGAGAGUCACAAGUUGUUUGCUGUGGUGCUGUUGUAGCUUAGGCAGGUGGAAAGAAGUGAAUGUAAAGGCAUGAUGGACGUUCACCUUCCGCUUCGCGCCUGUUGGCUCUGGAAAGUGUUUGAGAGCGCCAUGGCUUGCAAGUGUUGGCUUUGAACAGCCGAUAUAGUGGAAGGAACAGGACGUGGUACAACACACAGCUCCAUGGUACAACUCCAGCGAUGAGUAUUACCAGGUUUGCUCUUAGGUCAGUGGUUUCUUUUGCAGAGCUGGUGUGUUUAGUGGUUCAUACAGAAGUGCAGAGGGCUCAGUGCUGCCGUCUGGGAACAGAAUGAUGGUUAAGUGUACAAAGGUUUGACCCAAAAAAGGCAAAUUUACUCUAAAAAGAAACAUAAAACCUCUAUUGUUUUAAUUUUAGUUUGUAGAUUUGCACUGUGCAUAGGUGUUUUUCAUUGUUUGUGACUUAAAAAUAUGUUUAAAAGAUUGUUUUAAUAAACAAGUGAUGUCAUAACUGUGUUUGGGAAUUAAGUACGAAUCUAUAAAUGUAAAGCCAGAAAUGACAGAGAAAAGUCUAUUUUACCGAGUCUCCUAGUGAUCAUGUUGGUUACCAAAGAGCUAAAACAGUAAAUUUAGCUGUCAGUAAUAACAAACGUAAACACAAUCUAAAAGUGUGGCCGCCUGUUGUCGUUGAAUUUGCUCGAAUGACCUGCUAGAACCCUCUAGAGCCUAAGUGAUUUCUCUAAUGCUGUUGACUUUUCUGCUCAGUUUAUCCUUUUUGCAGUUUUAUAUGGUUCUGUAUGUAAAUACAUAGAGAAAGGAGUUUUAAGUAACAUUUUACUUAUUUUCAAAGACUUUGUACAUUUUUAGAGCCCUCUGUUUGCUGAAAGGGAGUGGUUUUUCCUUUUUUGUAGAUUAUUUAUUUUCAAAUAGUGGGGCUGCAGUACGACAUCCUGGUCAGAGUCGGUCAGCGGGUGAAUGGAGACGUAGCAUCAGCAGCAAUUUAGGACAGACAAGACCCAAAACACAAAGGCCACAUUCACACUGCUGAUCCUUCCAGGCUGUUUUUCUUUUUAAAAAAGGUGUUGGAAAAUGCAAUAACAAUAGUCAUAUUUAUGUCUUCAACAGAUGUUAAUCUUUUGAGUCGUGCAGGUCUAAUCCUGGUGUUUCCAGCUGAGUCAAUGUGGUCUUUGAGUGUCAUCAACUGAAGUGACAGGCGUGACACUUUAAGAACCUCCUAAGAGCCGUAACAGCCUUUGGUUUAAUCACCUGUGGCUCGACACGCGUCUCCCAGCACCCGCCUAAUCACAGUGAGCACUUUGGGCCCAGGUUUGUCUCAUGCCAGGAACAUCUCAGUCCAAGCGAGUUUGUGAAAGGGUUAAAGAACAGGUGAAGACUGAGACUGAGGAAGAGGAGGACAUGCCAGUGGUGGGAGUGGAGCUGAAGGCAGGCUGCUAACGCUCAUGUGUAUGUCUGUGUAAUUAAACAAGGUGAUAUUUAAAGA